AUUGGCUACUGCACCGGAAGUUGCUGUUUGACGUUAUUUUCAUUUUUUACUCUCCAAUGUAGCGCACUUUCAGAAACGAAAGACAGAGUCUGGGAGCCAUGGAUACCGGGGAGACGUGUUUCACAGAUGGAAAAGAAAAUUGUUUGUCGCUGGAUAAAAGAGAUGAGCCUGUACUUUUAAAUGUUAAAACAGAAGAUAAAGUUGACAAUACGUCAUUCACAGCUGAUGUGACUAUUGAGGAGUUUGGACAAAUGGUGAAUGAAGUUCCAUUAGAGCAACCAGCUAAUUCCACACUUGACGAUACUCACAUCUCCAUUCAGAAAGAUUGGGACGACCUAGUGCGCAUAAUAGAGCAAGCUGACAGUGAGAAGACUCCUUGCCCGCUGUGCCCAGAAGAAAGGUUCAGGCCGUGCCACAAUAAUAAGCUGCAUAAACAUUUGCAGAAUAUGCACUGGAAAGUGUCAGUUGAAUAUCAAGGGUACAGAAUGUGCAUUUGUUAUUUACCCUGCAGUGAGCAAAAUGUGACACGUGACCAGGAAGGGGCAGUCGCCAAGAUCCGUGCUCAUUACCACUGCAUUAUCUGCUCUACGAUGAUCUACAAAAGAACGGAUAUGAUCAGCCAUAUUAAGCGUCACAUCAACAAGGGGGAGACUGAAAUAACAAGUAAAGCUCACGAAAUAGUAAAGGAGUCAAAUACAAAUGUGCAAGUUCUUCCAAAUUUUAAGACCCCGAAAAAAGCUGACACCUUUUUCAAUCCAAAAAUGAAAAAUAAUAGACAACUCAUAUUCUGCGCCCUGGCGGUCUUAGCUGAGGAGAGGAAGCAAGUGGAUUGUCUUGAUGCCUUUGGUUCCACAGGUAUUAUGGGAUUGCAGUGGGCAAAGCACCUUUGGAAUUCUGUCAAGGUGACCAUAAACGACAUCAAUGACAGCUCAGUGGCUAUGAUCCGUGAGAACUGCCAGCUUAAUAAGAUGAAGGUGAUAGAAAAGAGGGAUGAAGAAGAUGAGGAGGAAUUAGAAGAAGGGGAUGGCUAUUUAGGUACCAUUGAAGUCACACAAUUUGAUGCCAACGCCUUGAUGCACAUGAGAGCUUUCGACUUUAUACACCUUGAUCCCUUUGGUACAUCUGUGAACUUCUUAGAUGCAGCGUUCCGUAACGUCCGGAAUAUGGGGAUCGUUUCUGUCACCUCUACUGACCUCGGGUCAUUGUACGCCAAAAAUGUGAAUGUGGCAAAAAGGCAUUAUGGAUGUAAUAUUGUCCGGACAGAAUACUUCAGGGAGCUAGCAGCUCGCAUUGUUCUUGGUGCUGUAGCCAGAGCAGCUGCACGCUGUAACAAAGGCAUUGAGGCUUUGUUGGCGGUGGCCCUGGAACACUUUGUCCUGGUAGUCGUUCGGGUUCUGAGGGGACCAACUCAAGCCGAUGACUGUAUGAAGAAGAUUAAUGCACUAAUUCACUGCUCAUGGUGCGAGGAGAGGAUCUUCCAGAAAGAGGGGGAUAUGGUAGAAGAAAAUCCCUAUAAACAGCUACCUUGUGAUUGUCACAAGAGUAUGCCAGGAAAAUCCGCCACUAUCCUGGGUCCAAUGUGGUCCGGCACACUGUACAGCACAGGAUUUCUCAGGAGAAUGAUGUUUGAGGCAGUGCAGCACGGGAUCGAUGAUAUUCAACAGCUACUGAAGACUCUAAUCUGCGAAGCGGAAUGCACAACCCUUAAACAAUUCUCCAUUACAGCAAACCAAAGCAAACGAGAGGAAAGUGGAGUGUUUAUUAAAAUUGCAGAUGCAGCAGACUUCUCGCAAGACCAAGGGAAAAGAAAACGUCAGGAUACACAACGUAACACCCCGAAACGACCAAAAAACGAGGAACACCCACCCUUUUAUUACAGCAUUCACAGACACAGCAUCCGUGGGAUGAAUAUACCAAAACUGAACAAGCUUUUGCAGUAUAUAUCAGAAGCAGGUUACCAAGUGAGCCGGACACAUUUUGAUCCCACUGGAGUUCGCAUCAACGCUACUUUGGCCACAUUCAAAUCCAUUCUGGAGAAAAACAGUUCUACAGGAAACGCAUCACAAUGUGGCAGUCUUCUCCCGACUUCAGAGAAUGCUGACGAGGUUUCCACUGUUUCUGCUGAAGAUGACAUUAACUUUACCGAAGACUAGAAAUGCACAUACUUAAAACUUAGUUCUUUAUUCGCAGCGAUUCCUUUCCAAAAAAAAAGUCACUGAUAUUCCAACCAACUUUAUUUCGCUUUUCUUUUUAGUACUAGGUUUUUAUAUUACCUUCCUGACAUCACAAUGUUGUUUUUGUAUUUAUGUUUCACACUUUUUUUUCUUCUUUUUUUUUUAAAUAUUCCCUCAACAUAAUUUGGUUAAUUUAUAUGAUUUUUUUUAGGCCUCUUGUAGGGAAAAAGCCCUACUGGAGAUAAAGGAUAUUUGUACAAUUAAUUACAAUACACGUUUUCACUUUUAUGUUCGUUUGGACAUUUAGUGGUUUGUGAUGCUCUAGACGAUAUUAUUUAAACCGUUAUCACAUGGUUAAUCAAAAGGCCGUUAAACACACUUUUUGUGUAAAUUGUACUCACGCCAUAGUGAGACCAAAAAUACAUUCUGUAACCUACAGAUGCUGCAAAUCAAAUAGUGUUCAUGCAGUUUGCAGCAAUGUGAUUACAGUUUGUGCUUUUUGACUUCUCUAUGGAGUGUGGUACAAAGCACAGUUUUUACACAAAUGCAAGGGGGGGGUAUGUUCCUUUAAGUAUGUUGGCAAAUGCAGAUAAUUUGACAGUCUUAGGUUAGUGCUUUAAAGGGGCAUUCUGAUGCAGAUGUGAUGCUGUAAUUCAUUAGCACAUGUAGCAUUUGCAUUACUGACCCUAGUUAGCAGAGUUUAAUCCCAUAACACACAGGUAACUUGCUGCAUUAGGUCUGCCAAGCAGGACACUUCCAGUGAUCGCCAGGUACAUAUAGUAAUCUUAUUGGCUGUGUCCUGCUGAGGAGCUGCAACGCUUGUAAAUUCUAAGUGAGACUUUACCUAUGCAUUUAACACCUUCUUGGGCGUUAAACACAGUUAUCUAGGGCUUGCAAUGAAACCAUUACAUGGUGUAAUACAUUAGAGCAGGUCAUUUUGUGUUAAGCUGUCCCUUUUUACUGCUCAGAGUCACAAAUAAGUUGUUUGUUCACAUUUAAGGUUAAGAACAGAAUUUUAAAAGAUUGUUGUUUGAAUUUGUUAAAAACAAGAGAGCAUGGGUUACGUUAUACAGUUUGUUUGCAGUCUGGUGUGAAUAAAAACCUGACUAAAGAA